AUGCCGUGGAAAGACCUGUUCUUCAAUGACAACGGAAACCUCACUCCCGGGUCCUACAAUAUUCCAUGGAUGGCGGGCAUCGAGAAUUUCCGCACCCUCUCUCUCAUCACCCUCCCUGGGGCCCAUGACAGCAUGGCCCUGUACGGAGGUCCAGAGGCGGAAUGCCAGGCCUUGUCCCUGAAGGAUCAGCUCAGGGCUGGCAUUCGUUUCCUGGAUCUCAAAGUGUUCGGACUGGGUGACACCCUCUAUGUCAUGCAUGGGGUGAUGUACCAGCACAGCACUCUCAAGGACGUCCUAGACACUGUCCGAGCCUUCCUGAAAGAGUUUCAGACCGAAGCUGUGCUCAUUAGAAUCCAACCAGAGUCUUUUGAGAAAAACACUGUCAACCAAAUGGUGCAGAGUCUGAUUGGCAACGACCAGCACGUCUGGGUGACUUCUGGCAUGCCAAACAUUGGUCAGGUCAGGGGGAAAAUAGUCUUUUUGCAGAAGAGCACCUUCACGCUAGGAAUUCCCCUCAUAGACACAGACGGGAAAGGUCAAACCAAGGUUAGCAACGUUAAAGAUAAAGACAACAGAAUUAUGAAGCAGCUGAACCAAGCCACUGAAGCCUGUGGGGGUGAUAAUGCGGUUCUGACUUACAGUAGCGGCACUGGCUUUGGUACUUUCUGGGGAAUGUUUCUGACUCCAAAGAGAGUGGCUGAAAAGGUAAACCCAUGGCUCAAUCAAUACCUGAGACAGUUCUACCCCAAUCAGCCCAGGCCAUGCUUUGGCAUCAUUGCCAUGGACUUUCCUGGCAUUGACCUCAUUCAAACUGUUAUCAAUUUAAACUGGUGGUAGCUGUGUACAAUGUGCCCCAUCACGUGUUGAAUCUGAUAUUUGAUUAUGAAAUCUGUCCUGUA